UUGCCGGCAGACGGCGACGCGCCGCAAUUCUGAUUGCUAGGUUAGGUUUUAGUCGCGCGGUUGUGACAGUGCGACUCAUAGAAUUUUUGCUCGUCCGAUUUUUGUGCGACGUCGGCGUCUCGGCCGGUGACUUCAUCGAUUAUAAUUUAAACGUAGUCGUCAAUAGCAGAAAGAUGUUGAUAAAAGUGAAGACCCUCACGGGGAAGGAGAUUGAAAUAGAUAUAGAACCUACAGACAAAGUAGAAAGAAUUAAAGAGAGGGUAGAAGAGAAGGAGGGAAUACCACCGCAGCAACAACGAUUAAUAUUUUCUGGCAAACAGAUGAACGAUGAGAAGACGGCGCAAGAUUACAAAGUCCAGGGCGGUUCAGUGCUGCAUUUGGUGCUCGCGUUGAGAGGAGGCUGCAGAUACAACAUUCCUCAUUUAUAAACGACAGCGAGAGGAUAUUAAAAAAUUGUGAGGGCCGCACAGGAAGAAAAAAAAACAAAAAAAACAUGUUUAUCAUCAAGUAUGUGCACUCGAGAAGGAUAAGCUCUAUGUUAUUUUCUCUAGAAUAACAUGGUCAUGUGAUCUUUACAACCUAAAUAAAUAUUUAAUAAAGUAAUUUAAUCAUAACAA